AUGCACAGAAGACCUUCCCUGAACACCGCAGUCGUGUUUCGGGCGCCCUCUUGGAAUCGCGUUGAUUCCUGGGGCCGCGCCGACGGGAGCCCGACGAGCCAGGUCUCCACCCCGGUGAUCCCUUGGAAUCCUCGCGACGAGGUUAUUCGGCGAUUCUCCGACCCGGCCAAGGACGAGGAUAUCCAGGCCACCGGGUCAAGUUAUGAGAAGGCCGAGACGGCUUACGCAAAAGCUGUCAAGUCAUUACAGACACUCCUUACGAACGAAGGUGGUACUGCCAUAACCACUACUCAAAAUGGCAAACUUGAACUCUACCAGGUUGCCAAGCAGAUCCAAGAAAGCAAGGAGGGUAUAUUGGACAAGAAAAAGAUGUCACGAUUCGUCAAAUCGCUAGAUCAUUACCAGGGGGUCUUCGACAUACUCUCUCAAGCCGACUUCUCAGGUUUGCCCCUGAUUUGGGGCGGUCUGAAGCUGAUUCUGCUCAUGUCGAAAACGAGUUCCGAUGCACUGUCCAAGGUGUUCGAAGUGAUCAUCGACAUUGGGCGGAGCUUGGAGAGAAUCAGAGCAUACGUCAAGCUAUACCCUAUUCCCCGGAUGACCGAGUUCACGACCGAUCUCUACGAAGCGAUUGCCGAGUUUCUGGAGAAAGUCAUCAGGGAUUCCAAGAAGAGCGCUCUGAAACGGGCAAUGUCGGACUUUUUGCAGCCAUUUGAAGUCCGUUACGGAGAUCUCCUGACGAAGAUGAAGAAGAUACAGGAGGAAAUAAAGGAAGACGCGAAUGUGUGUCUGCACGUCAGACACGCGAUGACGAGCCACUCACUCGCCCGGUACCAACGAGAUCUCCCGAUGCAGAAACAGCAAAUGUACCAAGCCUUCAAAUCCAUGGCCGAAGACCCGUCCGCUGAGAUCUUCAACGCAAUCAGGAAGAACCUCUUCCACCAGUUCGAAGUCCAGGUGGGAUACCACCAGGAGCUGGAGUCCAUCUACAAGACGACGACCUCGAAGGCGUGGGUGGAGUGGUUCAAGAUGGAGCAGAAGUACGUGCCGUCGGGCUACUCGCACGAGACGAGGGUGGUCCAGGCCGAGUGCGACGCCCCGGACCCCCAGCAUGCGCUGGUCUGGAAGAAGCAGCAACGCACCUUCGCGUCCCACGUGCCGUCCGCCUACCUGAUAUGGACCCGCGGCAUGACGGCGCGGUCGGCCAUCGCCUCGCUCAUCGACCAGAUUCUUUUCCAGAAGACGCAGGUCAUGGUCGAGGCCGGGCUGGACCUGGAGCAGUUCAGGGAGGCCAACGACUCGCCCCGCGCGCUGUGGAAGUUCUUCCUAUAUCUGGUCACCGUCCUCGGCGGGUGUAUGGUCUACAUCACGAUCGGCUCCGUGGGAGACGACGAGGCUGCUGUUGUUGGGAAGUUCGUGGCCAUGGCGAAGACUUGGAAAGGGCCGCCUAUUAACGUUACUCUGAUCCAUCCGUUCAGUGAUGAGUUCGCGAAGGCAGAUGAUGUUAUUAACCUGGACGAUAAGUACGACGUUCAUCCUUCGCUGACCACAACGGACGCAAUGCACCAUGUCCUAGUCCUGGAGCUCAACGAACGAAAGAGGGUUUCCGAGACGAUUCAGAGUCUGCUGUGGGAGACCGUUUGGAGGGAGGUCCGGUACGCUGUCAUCGGCAUCGCUUUCAACCAGGUGCUGGAACACAUAAGUCUUGCGGCGGAUGUAGUCGCAGACAAAGCGAGAAAACAAGACGGACCAUCCGAGGAACAGGAAGCACUCCCGGAUCAUAGAGGACGGAGGGCGAAGAAGUUCACCGACGCCGACAAGGGACACUGGAAAGCGGCCGUGUCGGAGUGGACGAAACAUCGGUGGUCGAUGGACAUCCUGCGCGAGCAGAUCCAGCGCCACAUCGACAUCGUCGACAUACACCUCCCGCCAGAUAUCAAGACGGGCCUAAAGAAGAAGCUCGAGCUGCUGCUUCUCGCGCAGGACGACGGUUUCGAGACGCGGCACCUUUCCGAGGACCAGAGGAUGGCGAUCUGGGAUGGUUUGCAGUCGGCGAUCCGGCCCGGGACCGAGAAGAUGUUUUGUGGGCGGAUGGAGGCGCUGUUAGCUGCUGUCGUGGAGGAUUUCCGGCGGGAGGGGCCCGCGAAGGUGAAGGAGUUCUUUUUGUACGAUUUGAAGGAGUACUUUUCAAAGAACGGGCGUUGGAAUGAGACGUUCUCUGCGGAUAAGGAGUUAAUUGCGGGCGGUAUCACGAGGGCUGUUGAGGUUGGGUUUCGGGACUUGGUUGAGGCGCUGGCGUCAGGGGAACCUUCGACGCCGUAG